AUGCCCGUUAGGCGCCCCUCAGCGUCUGCGGGGCAGGUACCGUCGUCGUCCACAACUGUCGCGAGCUCCUCAAGGGUGCACAAGAGCAAUGAUUCGUACCAUUAUGGAGGGACGCCAGCGGGUCUGUACAGUUCAGCUGGUGCGGGGAUCCAGGGGCCGCCGCAACACCGGGUGGUGCAAUCCGUGAUCAACAGAUUGAAGAAUAAGCUGCCAUGCAAUUCUGGAGUCAGCUUGGACAACAUAGAGGCGGAACCAGCUAUCCAACAGACGGUGGAAUGCUUGGUGGACCUGUCGCGCGAUUCUGUAGACUUGAUUGCUCUGAACCUGUCCGAAGUGCUGGAGAGACUAGCCAAGCAAGCCGAAAUGCACGGCCAUGCCACGCUCGAGGUCCUACAAUCGCAGCUAUUCAUGCUCAAAGUCCUUGCGGUAUGCAUGGCGUCCCGCUGGAACAGCGGGGACGCGCCACGACCCAGCUCGCGCGCCAGCAAGCCUGUCGGGCGCGCUGCUUCAGCUUCGAAUGUUCCCGUCUCGCCGAACCCACCGGGGACCAGCAGGCAGGGCAGAAACAUGUCCACAGACCAGUUCUCCACGCAGAUACCGUACUCCGAACCUCCUCCACUGGACGACAAUUGCGCGCGGUACAUCCUGAGCGUCGUGAUCCUCUUCCUCAGACAAACGGCCCCUCCUGAGUUCCGGCUGAUGUCAUCGGCGAAUCUGCAGUAUGACUCCUCCAGCUCCUUCUAUGAUCUGGAGAGCAUUGAUAUGGCUACUACCCCCGAUAACUGGUUUGAGCCUACUCGAGAAGCGGGGACGGAACCCAAUCCUAAGUCCGUCAUUCGUAACCAAGCCUCACUAUCUUCCAUGGGCUCAGGGGGCUCCUCCACCCUCAAGAACCCCACAGCAAUUCCCCUCCCUGCGGGCAGCCUGACGUUUGAACGCACGUUACCGACCCUAUGCCAGUCCUCGAUGCAGUUGAAUACCCUAAUAGAGAAGUUCGCUGGCCGCGUUGUAUACCUUCUGUCCGCGUCGAACUGGCCAGUCGUCUUUACCCGGAUACAGGCGAAGAUCCGGUACUUGUCCGGGCACAAUACGGAGGAAAACCCCGAUAUCAUAGACCUGCACCUCAUGUCGCAUAGUGCUCUUGAUAGAGCGCGACUUGUCCAGAUUAUGCAAGAGCUAUCGUCUUUACUGCUCAACAUGAAGCGGGAAGCGCAGUCAGCCAUCGCCGUCCCGUUACGCGCAGCUGUGUGGAAGUGGAUCGACACCUUCCCGGAAGAGUUCAACGACGCGGCGCGGUCUUCUCGCAGAUUAGAAGGCGCACCGGAGCGCGUAUUUGACGCGUUGUUCCAGAGUGGCGACUCGGAUAACAGGAAGGUGCUGUGGCCGGCUUUGACCGCCCUGUUAUGCAUCAGCUCGGACAGGCUCAAGUCGGAUUAUCAAAUGAGUUUCUCAACGUACCCCGUUAUCAAGCCGAAGGCCACUCACAGAAAGGAGAAUCACUUCAUCGAGAUGCUGAUGCGAAGCAUCUCCACUUGGAAUAAGACCGCCGAGAUUGCGCUCGUAUGUGCUCUGGACAUGUGUCGCGCGGCAGUCCGUAUUCGCCCGGACGAGACCGAGGUUCCUUUGCUCUCCAUCGCCACUGAUGUCGUCCACGAGAUUAAGUCUGUUGUACUCCAAUUCAGCAAUCAGCGGCCGUUCUGGGAAUCCUCAGACGAGAUCGACGUGGGGCUGUUCAGAGAUGCAAUGGCCAUCUUGUAUCGCUUCCUUCCCGAAGACGAAGCAGUUGAGUUGUUCAGUGUAUGUAUGGAGCCGGAGCGGUCAGAUGCUGUCAAGACUGUCGCGGUCAAGGCCGCGUUGGUCUUAACGUUGGAGUCUCCGAGCUUACCCUGGCAUCGCUCCCUAGAGAAGAUGGAACGGGUUAUGGCGCCUCGCAUGCGAGCCAUAAUCAGCGCGGCUGCGACUCGUCAGAAUGAGGUAGACCCGAAUGGAUUCGUGAAACGUGCAGCUGCGCGUCCGAAGUCUCGCCGGUACACAUCGGAGACACUGUCGGAUAGGGAACUCCUUGUCCUUGCUAUAUGCUCACUGUGGCGGGCGAAUUACCGCUAUUACUUCAUAGCUUUGCAGACCAUCCGUACAGCCGACUGGCUCCCUGUCGCUAUUAAGGUGUGGGAGAGCCCGAUGGACUCGUCGGUCAAGCAGUCGACUGCAUGGUCGAUCCGCUACCUGUGUGAAUUGAUCUUUCAGAUGCAGCCGGAGGACGACUACUGUCAAGAAGCGGUGACGUGGAUGAAGAUGGCAUGUCCUGCGACUCUGACCUCGAUGAGCAUGUGCUUGCUUAAUGCUCGUAUCGACCUCAAGGCUCAGCGUAUGUGGAUGGACCUUGCUUACGAUCUCCUUGUUGUUUAUACCCGGACCACCGACCGGGAGCAAUUGAGAGAGCUCCAGGUGGAUUCCAACCGUGUCGCGGCCUUUGCAAUGGCCGAGAUUGCAUUCCUCGUAUCCCUUACAUCUGUGGACAUGAAGGUAUCCAGCCUUGCGGCACAGUGUUUACGCUUGAUCGCUCAGGCAGAACGGCAACCGGAUGCGCCCUUGAACGCUGGUCUGAGUGAGGAAGAUUGGGCGAAACGUCAUCGCACUUACGACCAACUCGGCGAUCCCAAGACAAUCAUUCUUGGCCGCGUUGGGCAUCAAAAGCGGAUACGUAAAUUGGUGCGGUCCAUGGCACGGCCAAUCCCUUCUCACAUAGCAGUAUGGGAAGAAUGCUAUUUGAGAUGGACAACUAUGACGGAGUUGGCCGCACGAGGCGAAGAUGUCUAUGGCGCAUCGCCGAUACCAGAUAUGACUAUGAGCAUUGAGGAGCGUCGGUUCCAGUGGCAAAAUCUGACCCUUUUCUUAGCUGCAUUUGGAGCCGCGUGCACGGGCGCAGAGCAUGAUCCCUCUGGUCUGACCGGCAUUAUCCCCAGCAAAUAUCUCCCUGAUAACAUGCGUAUGCUGCGAGAUCCCUCGGAACUUAUGGCAAACUUCAUAAUACAGCUAAUUGACAUGCUACUAUCCUCGUCAGUAGAGAUCAGAGACGCCGCGCGCGAUGCUCUAGGCGCGGAACUCAGUUCACGCCUGCAUUCAAGACUGAUCAAGCAUCUCGACGAGUUGAGUCACAGCGUUUUCGGUCCACAGGCCAUCGACUCAGUCUCCGCUCGUAGAGUGAUCAGGGAUAUUACGCAGAGUAGUAAUGUCGAAUGGGACGAAACAUUCGCCACCUUCCUUGACCAGUUCUUGGCUGUAUUGAAGCUGUUGAUCGAGAACGUCGAAGCUCCCGGGGAAGAACUCGUAGGCUUUGAUAUCAACGGCACACUGCUUGCUCUCGCUGGGUUCAUCGGUCGAUUCCAUGACCCUGCUUCUUACAAGAUUAGGGUGAAAUUUUGUUCGCUGUGUGAUAGCAUCUACGGCAGGAACGAGACCUUGGUCAUCCGGCGAGAUACGAGCGCAUCUCAUGAUUUACUUGAUAUUGUCAUUGACUGGGUACAGGACCCCGCACAGAUGCACGACAUCGAGGCCUUGCGUAUUCAGUACGAACUCAACAUUGCGAGCCUCAGGACCACUGUACGGCUGAUGGAUCGGCUGAAGUUGAACGUCUCGGAUGGCGAAAACCCUGGGCAUGCCGCAUCUAGGUUGUUCAAGAACUACUAUGAUUUUCUCCUGAAGGCCUUGGAAUAUACGCGUCAUGACGGCCCAAAACUGGAUGAUGGCGUAUCGGAAAGAUCAUCCACCUCGCAGAGAUCUCGUGCGCAUCAGAGAGACGUGGAAUUUCGUGAAUUGGUGGUUCAGGGACUUGCAAAUCUUAUCUCGUCGAAUACAGAAAGCAGUCUCAGGCAUUGCAUCCCUCUUGCCUACCACAAGGACUUCAGGAAACGGGCAAUAUUUGCUCAAGUCUUCGCUCGCGUACUAGGGCAAGGUACGAAGUUAGAGUUCGAAAGCAGCGUCGCUGCUGCGGUGCCCAAGAAAAGUCGAUUAUGUGAAUUGGUUAAGGGUUCCGAGGUCUUAGCAGUUGCAAUGUGCGAAACCUGCCCGGCGAGCGAUACGGACGUCUUGAUACCCGUGCUUUUCAAUCUUUUCGAUACCCGCGCUUCUCUUAUGAGCCUACUGAAAACUCUCAUUGAUAGGGAGAUAGCGCAAACUGAGAAUGAGUCGUCACUUUUCCGCAGCAACAAUACGACCGCUCGUGUCCUCUCGCACUUCGCGAAGACGCACGGAUAUAAUUAUUUGAGAAGCUUGAUUAUUCCUCUAAUCAAGAGCAUGGCGACCAUGCCGCCCGGUUGUUCAUAUGAGUUAGACCCAACCAAACCAGGUGUACAGGAUGUAAAGCAGAACCAGAAGAACGUAGAAUUUGUCGCUUCGUCUUUCCUCAACAUCAUAACGGCCUCGGUCCCAACAUUCCCUUCGAUGUUUCGCGAAAUAUGCGCUCACUUAGCCCAAUCAGUACAAGAUGUUUGGCCAGAAGCAAAAUUCAAGGCUCUGGGUUCCUUCAUCUUCUUAAGGUUCUUGUCCCCGGCUGUCGUCGCUCCAGAGACCGUGGACGUGGAGGUCCCGAAAGAAAGUGAACCUGUUAUACGUCGCGGACUGCUGGUGAUCGCGAAGAUUAUCCAGAAUCUCGCUAACAAUAUCUUCUUUGGGAAAGAGGCUCACAUGGAAGUGUUGAAUGAUUUCCUCCGGGCGAACAUCGUAAAUGUCACGCGUUUCCUCAGCGAGGUGAACAAAUUCUCUACUUCCGGUACUGAUGACGAUCCGGAUGAAUGGUUGGGUGAAAGCUACGACGAUAGCGACACUAUCGUGUUGCAUCGUUUCUUUGAGAAGCAUGGUGAUAAGGUUGGGAAAGACUUGUUGAGUUUGCAAAAGCCCCAGGCGGAGGCCGACGCUUCCGCAAUCAACGGCAAACGAGCUUGGAACACGCUGUGCUCGGCAUUAGUCGAUCUGGGAGGGCCAUUCGAGGCCCCGCGCCUCUCGCCUUGGACGACCACGGAGCAUCGAGAAUAUCUGGAUUUAAUGAGUCGUUACAGUACUCGCAGUACAGAACCUGUUCGUGAUUUAUUCGUCGACGUUCCUAUGCCGAAGAAUCGGCCAGCUGUCUUCGUCUUUUGUCUCUCGAAGAUUGAUGUUGAAGCUCUUGACGUUGACUUGUUCAUGUACCACGUCCUAAAGACCGUCUCGCUUCCUGACUAUCAAAAUCAACCGUUCGAAGUGAUCAUAGACUGCACCUCGUUCGCUGCAUCUACGGAGGUCCCUAUACAAUGGGUUAAGUACUGCGUAGAGCUCCUCCCUUCGGACGUGAGGCAACGCAUGGUGACCGUACACCUGCUGAACCCGAGCCAGCAAGCCCAAAAGUAUUUCCGAAGACUGAGCAAUAUUGCUGAGGGCAUGCCGUCAAUCUGCGAAGUCAAAGUACAUUCUUGGGUAGCCGAUCUUCUGCAGCACGUACCCGAGCAGGUGCUCGAUGCUCUUUCGUAUCCAGCUAGUCUAGAGCAGGAAGAAUAUGAAGAAUACAGGGAGGUUACUAUGCAUCACUGUCAACAGCAUAUGCCUAUUCCGGUCAUUGUGCAUGUUGGCACUACCCACUUGAGGAUCACCUCGCUCAAGUCUCUGCCCUUAUCGCCGACUAAAUCCUGCAAAAUCACAGAAAUCGUCUCGCUAGCUGAAAUUAGCGAUGUGUACAAUAUUUCGACGGGACAAGACCCGAACGAGUUCAUUAUUCGGCGCUGCCGUCACGGUCUCAUCUUGUAUUUUGCUUCUCCCGCCAGAGAUGUCAUGGUCAAGUCGAUUCGCAAUGCAAAGGGUCAGAUGCGUAAUGUGCCUCUACCCGGUUCGGAGCGUUUUUCCAGGCUCUCAAAUGUAUCGGCUACUUUACUGCACAUGGGAUUUUUCCUGGUCGGUUACGAGGAUGAAGAAUUACGAUACGCUGCAUGUGAGCUCCUCGCAGCGUUAUGUUCUUACUUGGAUUACGAGGGUAGCCCUGUCGUGCCCUCGAAAGCCGGAUUCUUGCCUGCACACCCGCCCACGUUUGUGGCGCAGCUCAGCGAACGCCUUGCAGGACAUGCUCCUCAGCUAACUCUCGACUUCUUCACCGAAGUUGCGAAUGGAAUGGAAAAGCUCAGGGAUCAUAAGAAGACUUCGGAAGAUCCGCAUAUUUCUCAGAGGGUAUACUGCCUAAAGUACCUCAGUCCUUGGAUCAAGAACCUAGCACAUCUUUGCAACCCAACCAGUCCAUAUCAUGAGCCCUCGAGUACUAGGCUCAGGGAUUCAAUUGUACUGCUCGUGGAUAUGACUAUCGCAGAUCAGGAGCUUGAUAUCGACUUCCAGCAAUACAUCUGGGCGGAGAUAGGCAAGCUCGAUAUUACCGUAAUCAAUCCAGUGCUGGAGGAGCUGAUGCGUGCUGCCAUCGAUGGCGGCAUUGGGUCGCCUCGUUGUGAAAUUGUCGCGAACAUCCUUUCCGUGCUCUCAUCGUUACCCGUGCGGGGCAAAAUUCUCUCGAGACUCCGCAAGGUUAUCACGAAGACAAGCAGUAAAGCCGUACAUACCCUGGAGGAGAACACGUUCUGGAAUGAGGCAGCGUGCUUGACCCGACUAGCCUUGGUCGUAGGCGCGCCAGCAAAGCAAGCUGUCCACAACCAAUUCUACGUUCCUGAGAUCGUUCAUCUUGUCUCCCUCAUGGCAGCCGGUGGUCAGACACUCGUCAGGACAUCUGUUUACGGCAUCGUUGUCAAUUUACUGCAGGCCUUGUACAUGGCGUGUGGCGAAGAUGCGGCCGCCUGUUCUCAGAUCAGGCUACUCCUUGAUGAGUGCACGCAGACGGAGUCGCUCGAACUAUUUGGCCUGACUCGUGCGAAUCCAAGUAGCGAGUACUCAGUCUCGGACCCCAAUAGUGACAAAGCCUUCUUGGAGCGAUAUGAGCGGCUCGCACAGUUGCUAGUCAGAGUUGUCGAAGCUGGCGCAACAUCCAAAGGUUUGCUGAACGUGUGGCGUGCACGAUGGAUGAGUCUUGUCGUGUCGACUGCCUUCCAAUAUUUCCCUCCCAUCCAAUCACGAUCCUUCGUUAUCCUUGGGGAAUUAGCGACUUCAGAUGUGGAUGACGAUCUUCUGUAUCAAAUGCUUGUGGCAUUCAAGACGGCCAUGGCGAAGCCAGAAGCCGAGACAACUUCCAUCAUCAGCAUGCUGCGGUGCAUCAGCAAAGUGACGCCAGGCUUAAUGGACCAUUCCCGAUAUCUUCCUCAGGUCCUCUGGCUGGCUGUAUCUCUGCUGCAGUCGGGCCACAUGGCCUUGUACGCUGAUGCUGCCGACCUUCUUCGGAGAUCAAUCGAAAAGUUGCAUAGUCAAGGCACCUUCAAGGAGAAGCUGGUCUCGGAUACUCUUCUUGAGGCUCGCGCGCCUUUAAUCGAAGUAGUAUCUCAGUUGGAUCAAAUGCUGCAGCUGUCAUUUGAGUCCAACUUCUCGUUCUCCAUGGCUGCGACUAUAUUCAAGGGUGUACGUGUUAGUGGCUUAAGGCAGUCCGCGGAAGCCGUGCUGCGCAGCCUGCUCCAUGUCACCGUCCGGGUAUCCGAGGAACUCAGCGGCGAGAGCCCUAAUGCUGGCCACCCUCUGCCCUUUGAAGCGUUAGGAUAUUUUCUGGCUCUAAUCCCUUUCUCCACCACCCCGGAAUCAUACCGUAAACUCUUGACGGAUUGCGAUGCCGACUCAUACUGGCCGCCCGACGAAGAGGGUGCAGCAGGCACUGAUGCGGAUGUCCCUCACAUCCCGUUCGACUUCCUCGGAGUCACGGAGUCAAAUACUGCGCUUCUUGUGACGUCGUUCGUGAGCGCUAUGCUCUCGACAGCGCAGGGAGAUGAUGCAGAAACAGAGAUAUUCUACACUUUACUGUCUGACAUUGCUGAUGCAUUCCCCGAGAUCAUUCAAUUGACCUUCGAGUCCAUGAUGGAAAGGAUCAAGGACACGUUCUCGCAUUCGACGAACCCCGCCAUCCUCAUAGCCGUCUCCAACAUCUUGAAGGUAGCAAUGCAAGACAGCAGCCGGUCAGGGACAUUGAGAGGGUCGGCAUCCAGCCUAACCACCGUAGACGAGGGAAGCCGUGGACCAGGCCCGAAACAUCUGGACGCACUGGAAGAGAUGGGAAUGCGUGGGUUGCCCAACACGUUCCAGUUUCUCCCUGGGCGGAAUCACGGGGGAAAGAUGUUAACCUGGAUACCCGAGAUUGUUUCAAGGGUCAUAGAAUUCGGUGAUCCGUAAUGUAUCAUAGUCUCUGGGUUCAUGUCCUUCUCGUUCUAGGUAUCAUUAAUUGCUUUGCAGUAACCUCUGGAAAGGCUCUAGUGCUGCUGUGAUAAUGUCUUGUUAUGCACGUCCUUGUUUCUUGCUAUGGUCUGAUGUCUACCUUGUAUUACUAUCUUGCAUUUUGUGCGUAUAUACAAUGCGUAUUUAUUGUCGGUC